AUGCUGAUAAACGUAUUACAUAGGCCAAAGCAGAGGGCAUUGAAGAAAGUGGAAGAGUUGCGUUUUAUUGCAGAAAAUUGCCGGCGAUCGGUUGCUGGAGAGGAACCUCUUGUGGAUAAACGUAAAGAGUUUUGGAUGCAAUGUGGUAUCAUUUUUCCACCACUUCACCCAAAUCCAAAACCAAUCCCUCGUAAUGCUUAUGAUCGAAUUUUCAUUUACGGUACCAGAUUAGGAGUAUAUGUGAGCAUUGUUGUGCAAGUAAUAUUGGGUCUGAUGAUACCAUUCUCGUCUAUUCGAGCUAUCAUUCUAAUUGCCAUAAUCAAAUUAGCCACUAGUCGGCUUCGUUCCAUCAUUCUUAUGUUUAUAAUGAUGUGGGCUUUUCAAAUACCAGCAACUAAUACGACUCGUAAUUUGCAAAUGCUCGCAGAAUCUGUUGCUUGUGUGAGUGAUUCAGCGAUUCAAAUUGGCAACGAACUUAUUGCUGAAGUUAAUAUGCAAACUAAUAAGCUUUCAUUAUCAGCAUUAAAAGAACAAGGUCGUUUUUUCAUAGAACAUCUUAAAAAUUUUUGGAAUACUAUGCGAAAGUUGCAAAAUAUUGUCGUUAAUUUUGGUAAACAAACGAAGGAUUAUUUGGUCCAACUGCUGACAGUGAAAGAGUAUUGCCAGCGAUUCUUCAUUGGUCCCUAUUACUUUUGUCUUCGAAUUUUUGAUGAGAGCGCUCAGUAUUGUGAUCGGCUCACUCUGUAUCGUGGAUUACCGGUUUGUAAAUUCGUGAAGGAUAUGAGAAUGGUCAUUUGUGAUGCAGCAAGAUUUGGUGAGCUGGUUUGUGAUAUUCCGGAAAAAAUAAAGGAAAGUUUGAAGUCCGGCUUUCUGUCAUUUACGAAGGAUAAAAUGAAGACUACUAUGAAUACUGUUAUGAACGAUUAUAAUAUUAGUUUCCUAGUAAAAGAGGCGAAAGCGGCAAAAAAAUCCUGGGAUGAAUUAGGGUUUUCGCUAAAUCAUACUAUUGAAAGCAAUCGUACACAAACAUUUCAAUUUGGAAAAAUGAAGGAAGAAUUGGAAAGAAUUCUGAAUCGGUUCCAAAUUUUUGUAGACAUUUUGGUUACAACAAUUAGUUUCAUUAUUCCCAAUUUGAUCAUUAUAACAUUGCUUAUGGCGCUAGUAUAUGUUAUGAAGUAUAAGCAGAAGGAGAAAGCGGAUAAUUUCUACAUUACGGAAGAGUUUCGAAAUGUUGACAUGAUACGGGAGGCACAAGGACAGCCUUCUUUACUUCCACUAUUACCAAAAGAACGCGAAAAAUAUAUUGAGGGAUUCACACUACAUAUGACAUCAAAGGAGAAAAUGAGAAUGCUAUUUGCAUUUGCGAUCACAUUAAUUGGCGGUUUUAUGCCUAUUUUUUUAAUACUACUAGAUGUAUUUACCUAUCAAAUGCUUUAUUUUACUUAUUCAUUCCUGCAGUCUAAUGCUACUCGCACAGAUCGGCUUGAUUUCUACAAUAUUAAAGCUGCAGGAGAAGGUUUUGUGGCGAAACUUCUGCAGAGAAUUCUUCAAAUAUUUCAUCCGGUUACGGGAAGUGAACAUAGCGAUGAUGAUUGGAGACAAUGUUUCACUGAACCUAAUCCACCCGAUUUUCAGCUUAUUCGACUAAUGGUGCUGUUAUACUUCAUUGCUCUUUUACUAUGCGCUGUACAAGUAUAUGUAGCAAGAUGUCGACAUUUGAUUGCGCAGUAUUAUUGGCCCGAAAGAACAAAACCACGCACUUUAUGGUUAUAUAACCAAGUUCUCGAAGGUCGAAAAAAUAUCCUAACACAAUUGAUAAAAACUGCCAAAGAAAAGGAACUCAAAGAUCAGCUUGUUGAAGAUGAAAUUAGCGGACGAGGAAAUCUUGUAAAUCGUGGCUUGACGAUAUUGAAUACUGAUCAGUACAAAUGUACAAGAUGUUUUCGGCCAGAUCUUAGUAUCGCUGAUGCAAGUAACUCAAGAAUAUGUCCUAAUUGCAACAAUUUAUAUUGUACUGAUUGUUAUGUUGUCAAGAAGAAAUGCUUAAAAUGUGGCGCAAGCUUACAGGCAGUAUUGAAUGAAACUGAAUUUUAUAUAGAUAGCAGCUGCGAAGAGGACGAACCUGACAUUGGUAUGGAUGACACAUUCAUUCAUUUACUUUGUUUUCCUGCAGUACUUAACAUUGAUAGAUAA